GGUAAACAGCUCUAGUGAGAGGAGAGGAGGAGCUGCGUGGAGCUGCUUCAGUCUCUGAGAUUACAGAAUUAUUAAAUAAUUAUUUAUAGAGAUUUAUAGAGAUAUGGAGGAGUUCUCGUCUCUACAGAACCUGCAGGCGCUGUCGGUCCUGCUCUCCUCACAGCAGCAGCAGGAGCAGGAGGAGCAGGACAGUGACGGAGAGGACCCGCAGAAUAUGAAACCCAUGGCUAGGAUGGGCCCAGGACACAUCAGUGCUUCUUCCUCCGCUUCCACUAAACAGAUAAAAGAAGUGAACAGUGCCUAUCUGAAGAUGAACACAAAAGACAUUUGGGAUGAGGAGGAGGUGACAGAAGGGACACACCUAGAGGACCUGACAGAUCCCCGUCCCCAGCCUGAGUAUGAGAUUAUUCUGCAGCAGAAGGUGGGUACUGAGGAUCUGUUUCUGGGCAUGAGCAGAAAGGACCCGUCCUCCAUGUGCUGUGAGAGCAUGCUGGUAAAGGUGAAGCUGCCUGACACUAAAGCCUGUGAUGUAACCCUGGACGUGAGAGAAACAUUUCUGGAUCUCAGAACUAAGAAGUAUAAGCUAGGCCUUCAUCUACCCCAUCCAGUGCACAGUGGGGAAGGCUCAGCCCGGUUCAUCACAGAGCGAGCUGAACUGGAGAUCACACUGCCCAUGAACCGACCCAUGGACUGCAUCAAUCUGGCCUGAGGAGACGGAGCGAUCUCUGCUUAGUUUGGACAUAAUUCUGCAACAUUAUAUGAUGCUUGUUUAGAUGUGUUUAGCCUCUCGUAUUCUCAAAAAUAUGUUUGUUUCCUUUUUAAAAUAUGUGUGUUUUCUUUGGGCUUCCACUAAUGUUAAAAUCCAAUUUGUAAGACUAAUGUCAGUCCUGAUGCUGUCAGUCUGCAAUCUCCUGUAUCUGAACUGUUUACUAAAAACUCCUCUUCCCAGCAUGCACCCACACAAGACUUCCUUGACUCAGCUGAUCACAUGAUGCUACUGCGUUCCUGCUCUCUGAGCUACUAAUUGAAUUCAUCUGUCCCCACUAGUAUAUGUACCCUCUGUUUGCUCUGUUGCCUGGCUCUUCUUAGGUGUGUUCUGUUGUUUUUGUUACCACCCCUUUUUUGUAUCUCCGUUAAUCGUCUUUUGCCUUGCCCAUUCUGUUCAUUACCUGUUGCCGACAAUUUUGUUGUAUUUCUGACUCCUCUUUUGCCUUCUCCCUUGUUUCCCUUGUUCCCUUGUCUGGAUUACUGUGUAUAACCCUGUUUUGCCUGACUACUUUCUGGUAUGUUGUUUAACAUGUGCUGCUAUUUUUGGUACCUACCCUGCCUGUCCCUCACAACUCUUAUGCCUCGUAUGCCUAGCCCCCUUUUGUAAUAAACUCCGACAUUUUUA